AUGGAGGACCGGUUCAUACCCCAACCCGGCACUUCAAUGGUCCCCAGUCGCCCAUCUGUUCAAUCCACGUCAUCGUCGCAUCAAGUCUUCUCGUCCGCGGCGACGGUCUCUGCGAUCGACCUCACCCCAUGGGCGCAGCAGACCCAACUUGAGUCGGCCUACACAUCUAGCUUACCACCCAAGCCACCUUUACUCCCGGGAAAUCUAGUCGACUACGAUGUAGCAGCCUCGCGUGGCGCGCAAAGCUCGACCUCGACCAUAUCCGACCGGGCUCCUCCCUCCGCGACGACCGACUCGGGCAGCGACGAAUCGGACGAGGACAUGCAUGAUGACGAGCAGGGUGACCUACAUAUUCAGCGAGAUACGAGUGGUUCUGCGGUCGCGUCUUCGAGUACAACGACCACGACGACGGCGACCACUUCGAAUCCGCCGAUGCGAAAGAGGAAACCCAAGCCGAUACUGCCUCCGGGUACCAUCAUCUGCGACAAGAGUUGUAUUCGGUGUCGAGAGCGCAAAGGUGAGUAACGUGGAAGUGUUCAAAAGUCGAGCGUAUGCCUGGCUUGAGGCUGACCUUGGGCACGGAUAAAAAAUCUCAGUCAAAUGUGACCGUCGCUUUCCGACUUGUCACCAUUGCGCUCAGCGCAAGGAGGAGUGUGAUCUCAUUAGGUGGACACCCAAGGUCAAGAGAUCGUGCGUCUCGUCUUGUUUAUGGACCAUAAUUCCACCCAGGUGCUGAGCAUUAGCCGUUUUCCCUCCCUCCCGUAGAGCCCAAAAUGAUCCAAGCCGGAUUGCUCAUUUGGAGAAACGGCUGGGUAAAUUUCGCUUGAGAGCUACGGUCAAAAGCUCGCUGGAACUGAUACGCCAUUUAAAUCCUGGCAGCCGAACUCGAGGGUCAACUCGCGGCAAAGUCCGAGAGCUCCCUCAAUCCCGUUGACACAUCUUUCGCUGUCGACGGCACCGCCUUCGAUUCGUCGCUCGAGGCUCUCUUUGGCUUGCCUGCGUCGUCGACGUCCGCUGUGGCUACACUCCCGACAGACGAUCCGUCGGGUAUGUUGACAACAUCACCGCUCGCUACGACUACGAGUAGCAUUGGUGCAUUCUCUCUCGACUGGAGGCUAGCGACGCCCCAGAUGGCAGCGGCGUUGUCGAGACACUUGUGUGAUGGUGAGUGCGCGAUGAGUUUUGAAUCCUACAUGGGUGCCAUCUGACCCACAUACCGAAUGCUCCAGCUUUCUUCGAGUCGUGCUGCUUCGUGCUACCCACGUAUACCUACUAUCGAUCGCGCAAGGCCGAGCUCCAAAUGGACGAGUGGCUCCUAAGCCCUUCUGCCAAAGUGAGCUUACUUGUCCCUCGAAAAGGCUCACUUCGAUCAUAAUUGACCCCCGAGAAACCUUCUAGGUUGCAGUCGCGGCCUUCCGAGCCGUAGGUGCCCGUACUUCACCACAUUCCGGACUCCUCGGCAUCUCCAUCGAAGCCAAAGACUCUCGGGACCACCCUGACGCUCCCCUUCUCAGUGCGGGCACGCGUCGUGAAUCGGCGUGCACGAACUUUCUCAAGCAGGCGCAUCAGUUGUGUUUCGAUGAAGGGUUGGCGGAGGAAACGUCGAUUGAGAAUUUGGGGUCAUUGAUGACGCUUAUGCAGAUGGCGAUGUUUGUCGAGCUGUGAGUUCCGUUCGGUCAGAGCAUACUAGGUCAACCAUGCCAGGACUAAGCCGAUGUUUACAAUGUUAUCCCCACAGUAAGCCAAAAAAGUCACGUAGCUCGUUACGCAGCGCGUUGGACCAGUACAAGCAAUUGAUCGACGCCGCUCCGGCCGAAGUCGACCAAAUCGAACUCAAGAAAACCUUCGGAUUCGGUCUCUAUUCCGCCGACGCCCAAAUAGCCGCUUUUGGGCGACGACUUCCUUGUAUCGAUGAUCAUGACUUGCGGGCCUACUUCAGCCAUGUUGGGAUUGUGAUCCCAGCUUUGCCGGAGGAUGAUAAUCUCUUGCCGGUGAUCGAGAAGCUGUUGGCGAAAGCGAAGGAAAGACCCGAGGCGCUCCAGACGAUCAGGCAUUUGCUACAUUGUUGGAUAUGUGAGUUGUGCAACUCCCUGGAUUGUUCGGCCGCGUUGAACUAAACCUUGUGGUUCGAACAUGUUUCAAAGGUACCUGUCAACGCGAUUUCGCUCGCCUUACCUCACCACCUUCCAAGCCUUCGGCUCAAAUCGAAGUGGCUGUGCGAAAGUUGUGGCUCAGCAUCGACAAAACCCGUUCGACGAUCCAACACGUCUUGUCAGCGUUGACGACGCGGGACCUCGCUCCUCCAGCUCAUGCGCAUUCCACAACGACGGAGCACGAUCACCAUCACCACGAAAACGAUUACGGUCCUCUCAUCAUCCGUCUCGAUCGAGACCUCCUCGACCUAAACAACAUGCUCCGAUCGACCUUAAUGGACUGGUCCGACGUCAUUUCCGCCCCUCUCCUCACCGAAGCAACAAGUCGGGUUCGUAAAGGGCUCAAGGUCCUCGCUUAUUACGCCAAAGCGUACAUGACGGGCGCGGAUCUGCAUAUGAUUUAUCAUCAGUUUUAUAAUUUGGAAUUGGUGCAGGAUUGGACGACGUUGGCGCAGGAGAGGUUGGGGGAGGUACCGGGUCCGACGACGAGUGAGGAGGUCGUUACGGAACAAGAGAAACAGUGGUAUGUCUGGCACUGUGCUUGAUGGUAUUGGGCUGCAGGGUGGGCUGACCCGACUCCUCAUACUCUGUAGGUUGAUCGAAGGUUUGAAGAUGACGUGCUACUACCACCCCUUUGCCGAACGAAGGCUCGCCGAGUUCAUGACGUCUCGUUUGGUCCCGGUCGAAGAAGAUCCCUCAUUGUUACUCGCCCAAAUCCCGAUGGCUUCACCUACAGGGCUACCAGGUGAGUCAUAGCGAGAGCGUAAACCGCAAAAGAAGGACUCAGUGGGUCGUGAUAGCCCGAUGACUAAUGACUCUGUUACAUCGUGUCCCGUGAUGCAGCCUCGUCGAAUCAAUCCGAUUUUGCCUUCUCGAUCGAUGCUCUCCUAAAUGGAGACCCAUUCGCAACCGGGUCGUCCCUGUUCGCUUCUGACAACACGUUCAAUACUAGCGCGAUGUUCGAUUUCGGUCCAUUAUGA